AUGGCUUCCGUGACGUCCUUGGACGGCGACUUGCGCAGACUGCGCCUCGAAAAGUAUACUCCUGCCGCCGCCGACGAAGCCCGCGCAUGGAUCGAAGAGACGCUGGGAGAAUCGCUGCCGUCAAAGGAUCUCCUAGACGGCCUCAAGGAUGGCGUCGCCCUCUGCAAGCUCAUCAACCUCGCUGUUCCAGCUCCUGGAAUCAAGUUCAAGAAGUCAGCCAUGCCCUUUGUCCAAAUGGAAAACAUAUCGCACUUCCUCAAGGCAUGCCAGGCGCCGCCCUUGAACCUGCACCAGCACGACACCUUUCUCACCGUCGACCUGUUUGAGCGCAAAGAUCCGGCUCAGGUGCUACAAUGUAUUGGCGCAUUCAGCAGAGCUGCGCACGCCGCCAACCCGGCAAAUUUCCCUCAUGUGAUCGGCCCCAAGUCUUCGAAACCUGGAGCUGUAACGCCUCAAGGCACCGGGGCUGGAGCUACAGGCUCGCGCGGUCGGGGAGCAUCCUUUACUGGAGACUCUGCGUCAGCCAAGGUGAGCCCUGCGAAGAGCACCGGGAAGGGCCCAGGUUCCCCCAAGUCCGUUAGUACCUGGAGCAAGAAGGAACACGAGGGCUCAACAGCUCCAGCUUGGAAUAUUGCGCAGUACGGCUACAUGGGCGGCGCUAGUCAGGGCAGCAUGGGAGUCGCUUUUGGAGCCCGCAGGCAAAUCACUGCUGCCGCGCCUCAGGUGCCGAGUUUAGCUGAGAAGGAACGCAUCAGGAAGGAGAAGAUAGCGGAAGAGGAGCGUCAGAGGCAAGAGGCCCAGGCCAGGCGCCAGGCGCAGCUCGAGGAUGAAAACCGCGCUCGCGCUGAAGAGGAGAAGCGAUGGCAGGAAGAGACAGAGCGGCAGAGGGAGGAAGAACGCCAAAGAGUCCAAAGAGAGAAGAAGGAGUGGGAGGAACAAGAGCGGCAAUGGAAAUUGACCGAGGACAAGCGCCGUAAAGAAGAAGCCCAGGCUGAAGCCCGCAUUGAGGAAGAACGGCGGGCUGUUAGAAGUCCUGCUAAGCUACAUGGGCAGUUCCUCAGCCAGUAUCAAGCCGAGCAGGCCAACGCUGAAAAGGCCGAGGCCCAUGAGGCAGUGAAAAGGGAGCAACUUCACGAGGCACAACAGCGCGAAGUUGAGUACGAGCGUGACCGACAAGAACGGGCCGCUGACGGCAAAGUACCUACCUCACCAGCUCAACUGAGGCCUACGUCUAGGAGUCGGCAAGAUGAGCCGCGAAGCCCAAGAGGCGGCAAUGCCUCGCAGCUGAACCGUCACGAGUCUUAUUCUCAAGGAGAGCGCGAAGUCCUUCACACCAAGUGGAAGCAGCACCAAGAGUACUUGAAUGAAGACGAACGAGAAGGUCUAGCCUCGUCGCCCCUGCCCAGGUCUCCCCGCCCUCUCCCUAAUCCCAAUAAUGCUGCUCUGCCGGGAGCCGGAGGACGACCCUUGCCUGAUCCAGCCAAGUACUCGUCCCCUCCGAGAGAAGCACCCCAGAGUCGCACAGACCGCUUCUUGGCUACCAACUCGGCUCCCACGCCGAAUGUAGCCCAGCAGACAUACGCUCGAGAACUCGGCGCAACGGAGGAACGCGAUGCCGAGGACCGCCGCCGGAUUCAGAGUCAAGACAAGACCAAGGCGGCCGGCUGGGCAUCCAAGUCCCUGCUCGAGCGCGAGAAAGAGAUGGAGAGGCAGCGCCAGAAGGAGUGGGAGGAAGCCCAGAAAGAGACGGCCGCUAUGACCCGAGGCGAGAAUGGCGUCGACGGCAUUGGAGGAGGCAUUGACGGCCGGUGGGAUGUCGGCCAGUGGAGCGGUUAUACUGGUGGAGACAGCCAGAACAAAGGGUCGCAGGGCAUUGGCGCCGGAAGGAGGCAGAUCGUAGGACCACGACCUCUACCAAACACCGGGCGAUAG